ACCGGACACCACUGCCAGUUCUAAAACCCCAAAGAAGUUCCACUCUCCGCGGUUGCGUAGCCGUGAAGCAAAUCCCAAAUACCGGUUAAUCGGAAAAAAUGAGGAGAGCUUCUACUCUCGCCGCAUCCUCAGCUCUAUCCCGCGCCCUUCUGGCAUCUUCCGAACAACAACAAUACAACAGGCUCUUUCAGGCGGCCUCCUUUUACGGCGGCAUCAAUGUCGGUUCUUCUCGGCGGUGGUUUUCAACAUCCAUGCGAUCCAUUUCUCAAGGCGGCUACUCAGGUGCUGCUAAGUUUUUUCUGUCCCUAGGUGGUCUUGCCGCCGCUUCCAUCGCUGCUGGUGCCUCAUCAUUUUUGGUGGAAGAAGGGGCUUAUGCCAAAGAACUUCUCAAGCCUGAUCUUAUCCCUAAGGAUGUCGUGCUCUACCAGUACGAAGCUUGCCCUUUCUGUAACAAGGUUAAAGCAUUCUUGGAUUACUAUGAUAUACCAUACAAAGUUGUGGAGGUGAAUCCAUUUAGUAAGAAGGAGAUCAAAUGGUCUGAUUAUAAGAAGGUGCCGAUAUUGAUGGUGGAUGGUGAAUCACUGGUAGAUUCGUCAGCUAUUAUUGAUCAGAUGGGGAACAGGAUCAUUCCUGUGAAAUCUUCGUCAGCGCUCUCAAAUGAUGAUGAAGAGAAGAAGUGGCGCAGGUGGGUUGAUGAUCAUUUGGUUCAUAUGCUAUCACCAAACAUCUAUCGGAACACUUCUGAGGCUCUGGAAUCCUUUGACUAUAUUGCUAACAACGGUAACUUCAGCCUCUCAGAGAAAUAUGCAGUGAAAUAUGCUGGGGCUGCUGCUAUGUAUUUUGUGUCCAAGAAACUGAAGAAAAAGUAUAACAUUACUGAUGAAAGAGCAGCCUUGUAUGAAGCUGCAGAAACUUGGGUCAACGCACUUGACGGCAGAGAGUUUUUAGGAGGAUUGAAGCCUAAUUUGGGCGAUCUAGCUGUGUUUGGGGUGCUGAGACCUAUUCGAUAUCUAAGGUCAGGUAAAGAUAUGGUGGAGCACACGAGAAUUGGGGAGUGGUACUCAAGAAUGGAGAGUGCGGUUGGAGAAUCCUCUAGGAUAAAGGCAUAGAAGUCCAAGACUAACUAUUUUAGCAACAGGCAAGAACCAACCAAAGUUAUUCAUGUAGUUGUUUAAUUCUAAUCACACAUGCAUACAAUGAAAGACAGCAAUGUCUGAUUCUGAUCUACAAUCUGGAUGGAUUUGGUUGCUUCUCUUCCUCUUCCUCUUCUAGGGAUUGGAUACAAUUUUGCAUUUGGAAUUCAACUUUUAUUACUCAUGGAAUACAAGCACUGAG